AUGGGCUUUGGCAAAGCAGAGAAAGCGGAAGGACCUUUGCAAAACCACACCUCCACAGGUGCCGGGCGCACCGAAAGCGAAACCGGUUUGGCGCUCCUCCUCCUCCUCCUCGAUGGGAGAGUGGCGGAAGGAGGAAGGAAGGAAGGCAGGGCGGGCGGGCGAGCGUGGCUGGAGGGAGAAGCCAUGGCCGGGUCUCCUUGCUCGUCGGGGGAAGAGGGCGAAGAGGGGUGUUGGCGGGGGGCGCCCUUGGUGGCGCUGAACUACUCUCUGCGGCGGCGCCUGUCCUUGCUGCUGAACCCGGGCGCGGCGGUGGCGGCGGACUGGGCCUCGCUGGCCGAGGAGCUGGGCUACGAGUUCCUCGAGAUCCGCGCCUUCGAGGCCCGCCCGGACCCCACGGCACAGCUCCUCCAGGACUGGGAGAGGAGGGCCAGCCCCACUGCCGCCACCGCCGGAACACUCCUCGACGCCCUCCGACGACUCCACAGGCACGACGUCCUCGCAGACCUCGCGCCCGGCAUCG